AACAAUAGAAAAUAACAAUACAACAAUUUUACAUAGCACAGAUAAAAAGUCAAUAAACUAUUAUUAUUUACAUACCAUUUACAUUGUAUUAAGUAUCCUAAGUAACCUAGAGAUGAUUUAAAGUAUACAGGAGGAUGUAAGCAGGCUAUAUACAAAUAUGACACCAUUUUAUAUCAGGGGUUGAGUAUCCAGGGAUUUUGAUAUGGAGAGAGGUGGAACCAAUCCCCCAUGGAUUCAGAAGGAUGACUGUACUCACCUGGUAAGUGGGAGCAGUAACAGUGUCUACCGCAUAGGGUGGUGGUGGAGAUUAGGUGGAUAAAUACAUGUGAAGUGCUCAGAGCAGUGCGUGGCACAUGGCAAGUGUACAAGAAGAGUUAUUAGCGACAUGAGUAUUAGUAUUUGUAUGCAUAUUCAUAAUGUAGUUGUAUGCAUAUUCACAUUAAGUGCCUGGCAAUUGCCCGCUGCUCAAUAAAUGUCAGGUAGCAUUAGGGGGAAAGCAGCUCCUCCUUUCACAGGCUUGGGAAGAUUGCAUGGCACAGAAAGAGCAGGCCCCCCUUAUGGGGUGGGGGGGCUGGUUCAAUUUUGGCUAUUUGCAUUGGUUUAUUAAGGACUCAGUCCGUGGAGACUAGAGUCUGUCUGGGAAGGCUUCGUGAUGGAGGGGGCCGCUGGAGGUGGUGAGAAGAGUCACUCUAGGCAGUGGGAAAGGAUGGCUCCUUUGUGAGGAGUGGCCGUGAUGAUGCCAGACGUGUCACAUCACCAACCUUCUGAUUUGAUUUCCAUCUCCCAACCGCAGAGACCCGUGUUCCCAUUUUACAGAUGCAGUGUCAGGCUCAGAGAGGGUCAGCAGAGUUCUCGGGGUCCCUGAGGUGUCCAGGGCUUGGGAGGUUCUCUGUGAAGCUCCCAGAAUGCUCUCCACCUGCAAGAAGCCCCCUGACAUGCCUCACAUUUAGGAGGGGUGACCUGUCUCCUAGGAGCAGAAGCAGUGCCUCCCCCAUCUUCAGGACUUAGUUCUAGGGUCCUUCAGAGCCUCACCUGGGCAUAGGACUCCCAUUGUUCCAGCCCCCCUCUCGUACCCCAGACUGGCCAAACCGGUUUUGGGGAAGGGGGGCGGGGAGCAGGCACGUUGAGACAGCCGCCUGCUGCGAGGUUCCCUCCACCUUGGCCACCCCCCUCCCUGCCCCACACAAUACCAGGAGCUUGCAUUGCCCUGCUCAGGGGCCGUGCUGACAUUGCCCCCUGAGGACUUGGCUGCAACCCCAGAGCCCCCAGGGUGUCCUGGAGCCCUGGACCGUGCUGGCAUCUGGACGGAGCUCCCUGGCUGAGGUAGGGCCCCAACCGGGUGCCAGCAGCCCCAUUCUCCUCCCGCCAGUUUUCCCCUGAGUGAGUCCUUUGUGCUGCCUGCCUGGCCUCUGAUCCUGCCCCUGACCCACUUAUGGCCUCCUGGUGCUCUGCAGACUGCUUGGCCUGAAUCCCCUCUCCAGCCAUUGACCUCCCACUUGGCUUUGUCCCUUAAGGGGCAGUGGGGCCCUGGCAGGGUCCCUGCUCCUCUGGGCAGCAGGGCAAGGGGCACCAGGGAGGGGGCAGGGAAAAGCUGGGUACAGAAGGCCAGAGGUGCUUUUCCUGGACUAUGGGAACAUUCAGGAGCCCUUUCUGGCAGCCUGGCCAAGUGGGUCCAUUGUCCUCUGUAAUUAGCAGUGCCCAAUGGGUGGUCCUCUCCUUGGCCCCUGCCCAUCCUUUCUCAGCCUACAGAGACACUUAGGAUGACAGAUUUCUUAGAGAGGGCAUCUGGGGUUAAGGGGUCCCUUAGGAGACACUUUACAGAUGAGGAUACUGAGGCCAGCCAAGGGAUGGGCUAUGACUUGCUUGAGGCCAUGCCGCCAGUCAGUGUCAACACCGGGCCUUGAACUUUGGGCAGAGGUUUUUCAUCUGGGUUCCAGGAUGACCUAGUGGGCACUAGAGUCUAUCCUGUGAUCAUGUCUUGGGCAGGUAAUGUCCCUGUACCUGGAGCCAGUUCUCUUCCUGAGGUCUGUUUUGUUUUGUUUUUGUUUUUUUCUAACAGAGGUGAGCUACACACAAUAUGAACACAGCUUUGCCCCACCUAGAUUUCCAACACUGAGGCUGGGUGGGCCGCAUCCUGGAAGGCCGUAGGGCUGGAAUCCUAGCUAGAUGGGUCAUUCUCAUUGCCACUUGGCCUGGGCAUAGGUGGAGGCCGAUGCUUCCCCCCAGGGACCAGCCUCCAGCUUUGUCUCCCCAGAAAGCCUUCCUCCUCCCCUCUCCCCACACUCACCCAGCCUCCUCCUCAGGCCCUAAUGGGGGUGCCUCUGCGCCAAGAGCUCAAUGUUUUGCUUAUUUAUCCCUGCAAAUGAUGGGGGGGGGGAGGUCCCUCCUUGCCCUCCGGGAGCUUCCAGAAUUCAUGUAGAGAGAAUCUCCUAGAACACAGGGAGCGGGGCAUGUGCACAUACUUGCACAUGUGUGCCCACGGAGCAGGUGAGACUUCUGUGUUAGGACUUCUGAUUCUUGGGGAGAAAAAGACCUGUCCCGGAGGCAGUGGCCUCCUGUGUCUCCUGCCACCUGCUCCUGCAGUGUGGCGUACCCUCGCUGCUUCACCCUCCCACCUGUGUGAAGGCCCAAGCCACAGCCCCCACCCCCUUGAGGGAGACUGCGGAUAGGAAGAAUGCUCCCAAGGGUGACUAUCAAUGACAAACUCCCACUGUGCUCCAGGCGCUUUGCAGGCAUUGUCGGUGAUUCUCACAUGAGCGCUGGGAAGCUGCCUGACUAUCCUAUUUUCCAGAUGAGGAAACUGAGGCUUAGGGAGGUUUGUUCAGUUGGACAUUCUUCAGCCUUGAGGGACAGAGGCCAAAGGUACAAGCUUAGCUAGAGCUGCCACCGUAGGGAGCGACCCUUAGGAGCAGCCAGCCCCUUCUCUGCACCCUGUCAGCAGUUGAGGGGCUGUGCAGGGAGAGUGGGGCCCCCCACAGACCCAGCUGUCCCUCACUGGGUCCUCUCCUCCCUCCCUCUCUCCAAGGGUCUCUGACACUGUCACAGUUCAGGCCAAGGCUUGCUAUGUGUGCACUGGGUCCCUGGGUGUUCCAGCCAUGCAGCAGUGAGCUGUUACCUCCUCCAGGAAGCCUUCCUGGAGUACCCAGCUUGAGCUGAGCCCAGCACCCUACUGUGAUGGUUCCUCUGGCUUGGCUCUUGCCAACCUGGAUUGUAACUUUUCAUUUUUGGCUCCCCCACUGGACUGGCAACUCCACGGGCAAGAAAUGUUUGUCUAUCGGUCUCCCUGGGUUUUCUGGGCUUCAUGUCUGUGUCUGAAUAUCUGGUCUGGCUGAAAUGUUCAGUGUCUCUGGUGUCUGUCUCCAUCUCUGGGUCCCUGAAUGUCUCAGCAUCUGUGGUUUUUCUGUUUUUGAGUGUUUUGGGGUCUUGGUUGCUGAGUUGCUGUCUAAAUGGCCUCCGUUUCUCUAGGUCUGUCUCAGUCUCUGUCUCCUGGGUCUCCUGGCCCUGCCAGGCUGGGCACUGCCCCUGUGGCCUGAGGGGACCUCUGGGGGGUCCUUGCUGCCUGGCCUGCCCACAGCGAGGCCCUGCUAGGGUAGGCCCCCGCCCAGCCCGCUGCCUGCUCCCUCCUCCCUCUCUGCCGCUUGCCUCACCACAGGGUUUGAUGAAUCAAACUCUUUGUCUGGGUGGGAUCUCCCCCAGCCAGCUGGGCAGAGAGAGGGCUUCCCCUGCCGGAGCCACGACCAGCAUCAGCAGCCGGCCUUGGCUGGAGAGGCCCAGGUGGGUGGCAGAGCAAAGGAGGAAUGGACUGUGGGCCACCUGCUACCCUCCAGCCCCACCUGGCUGGGCCACCUGGCACUGCCUGCCACCCAGUAGCUGUGUGCCAGCAGGAGAGUCUGUCUUUUGUGGAGCUGCCCACCCUGCAGCCUCCGAGCCCUGUGUGUUUGGACCUUUUCCCUGUUGCCCCCGAGGAGCUGCGGGCUCCUGGCAGCCGCUGGUCCCUGGGGACCCCUGCCCCUCUCCAAGGGCUGCUAUGGCCAACAUCCCCAGGAGGCCCAGACACAGAGAUCUCCACCAGUGGAGGAAUGCGCCCCAGCAGGGCUGGCAGCUGGCCACACUGUCCUGCUGCCCAGCCCCCAGCUCUGGAGGGACCCUGGAGUCCCCGGCAUCCACAGCCGCAGCGCCGGGCCAGCCACGGCUCUGAGAAGAAGUCAGCCUGGCGCAAGAUGCGGGUGUACCAGCCUGAAGAGCCCGCUGGCAGCCUUGAGGCCCACGCUGUCUUCCUGGAGCCUGGCCAGGCGGUGCAGGAGCAGGCCCUGGGCACAGGGGAGCCUAGACCGCGGGGGCUGCCUGGGUGCACCCGAGCAAGCCUCGAAGGGCCUGAGCGGAGGCGCUUCUCGGCAUCUGAGCUGAUGACCCGUCUGCACUCUUCCCUGCGCCUGGGGCGGAAUUCAGCACCCAGGACGCAAAUUCCGGUCCCUGGGUCAGGCCCCGGAGCAGCCCGGGAAGGGAAAGCAUUUGGAAGAGAGUCGCGGGGUGUAGAGAUGCCGGUGGACAGUGUGUCGCUGCCAGCCCCUGUUGACUCAAGCGACGGCCAUGGCGGUUGGCCCGAGCCCAGGCUGGACGCGCAAGAAGAGCCGCCGUUGGGUACCAGGAGCGCCAGUGAACGGCGCCAGUCACGAUUCCUCCUUAACUCCGUGCUCUACCAGGAGUACAGCGACGUGGCCAGCGCCCGCGAACUGCGGCGGCAGCAGCGCGAGGAGGAGGGCCCCGGGGACGAGGCCGAGGGCGGCGAGGAGGGGCCGGGGCCGCCGCGCGCCAACCUCUCCCCGAGCAGCUCCUUCCGCGCGCAGCGCUCGGCGCGCGGCUCCACCUUCUCGCUGUGGCAGGACAUCCCCGACGUGCGCGGCAGCGGCGUGCUGGCCACGCUGAGCCUGCGCGACUGCAAGCUGCAGGAGGCCAAGUUUGAGCUGAUCACGUCUGAGGCCUCCUACAUCCACAGCCUGUCGGUGGCCGUGGGCCACUUCUUAGGCUCUGCCGAGCUGAGUGAAUGUCUAGGGGCGCAGGACAAGCAGUGGCUGUUUUCCAAACUGCCCGAGGUCAAGAGCACCAGCGAGAGGUUCCUGCAGGACCUGGAGCAGCGGCUGGAGGCAGAUGUGCUGCGCUUCAGCGUGUGUGACGUGGUAUUGGACCACUGCCCGGCCUUCCGCCGAGUCUACCUGCCCUACGUCACCAACCAAGCCUACCAGGAGCGCACCUACCAACGCCUGCUCCUGGAGAACCCCAGAUUCCCCAGCAUCCUGGCUCGCCUGGAGGAGUCCCCUGUGUGCCAGCGUCUGCCCCUCACCUCCUUCCUCAUCCUGCCCUUUCAGAGGAUCACCCGCCUCAAGAUGCUGGUGGAGAACAUCCUAAAGCGGACGGCACAGGGCUCUGAAGAUGAAGACAUGGCCACCAAGGCCUUCAACGCACUCAAAGAGCUGGUGCAAGAGUGCAACGCCAGUGUGCAGUCCAUGAAGAGGACAGAGGAGCUCAUCCACCUGAGCAAGAAGAUCCACUUUGAGGGCAGGAUCUUCCCGCUCAUCUCUCAGGCCCGCUGGCUGGUUCGGCAUGGGGAGCUGGUGGAGCUGGCACCACUGCCUGCAGCACCCCCUGCCAAGUUGAAGCUGUCCAGCAAGGCUGUCUACCUGCACCUCUUCAAUGACUGCUUGCUGCUCUCCCGGCGGAAGGAGCUGGGGAAGUUUGCUGUUUUCGUCCACGCCAAGAUGGCCGAGCUGCAGGUGAAGGACCUGAGCUUGAAGCUGCAGGGCAUCCCUGGCCACGUGUUCCUCCUGCAGCUUCUCCACGGGCAGCGCACGAAGCACCAGUUCCUGCUGAGGGCCCGGACCGAAAGUGAGAAGCAGCGAUGGAUCUCAGCCUUGUGCCCCUCCAGCCCCCAGGAGGACAAGGAGGUCAUCAGUGAGGGGGAAGACCACCCCCAGGUUCAGUGCGUUAGGACGUACAAGGCACUGCAGCCGGAUGAGCUGACCUUGGAGAAGACUGACAUCCUGGCAGUGAGGACCCGGACCAGUGACGGCUGGUUGGAAGGGGUCCGCCUGGCAGACGGUGAGAAGGGGUGGGUGCCCCAAGCCUACGUGGAGGAGAUCAGCAGCCUCAGUGCCCGCCUCCGAAACCUCCGGGAGAACAAGCGGGUCACGAGCGCCACCAGCAAACUGGGGGAGCCCCCCGCGUGAUGGGUGGCCGUGGCCUGGGACAGCUCUGGAGGGGGCCUGCAGUGUCUCCAUGCCCCAGGCCACUGCUGCUGGCACUUGUGUUCUGCGGCCCUGGCAUUGAGGGCACAGGCUGGACACGGGAGCAGGGGGCGUCCAGAGGGUCUCCCCCGUCCUCACGCUCCUCAGUGUUCACACUUCAAGGCCGA